AACGCCAAAAGAAGCCGUGAGAUCAAGUGAUCCGACAGCCAAUCGUCUGAGACCCGGGUUCCGGCUAACCCCGCCCUCUGUCCAGGCGCGGCCGUGUGCUGGUGGGUGGGCUUCCUGCUGGCCACCGCCCACACGUGGGCCCUGCGGCUGCAGCGCAUCCAGACCACCAAGCAGCUGUUUGUCAGACGCAUGUACGAGGGGGCGUGGCUAGAGCAGGGGCUGCUCCUCAAUGCACGCUUCAACAUGCACCCGCCGCCGAAACGCACGCCGGUGCCUGAGGAGAAGCUCACACUAUACAUGUGUGCGACCAUGUGGCACGAGACCUUCAGCGAGAUGGAGAAGAUCAUCAUCUCCAUAUUCCGCUGGGACCAGUUCAGGCCUCACGAUGACCGGGAAGUCAACAACCUCACCACCGAGGCCCACAUCUUCUUCGACGACGCCUUCCGGACCGUCCCGGUCAGCGGCGAGCGACACGCCAACCAGUAUGUGGAGGAUAUGGUCCAGGUGAUCCAGAAGGUCUAUAACCUGUUCCAGGAGGACCAGCAGAACCCGUUCCUGGGCCCUGUGCCGAUCGGGGACCAGAUGCUUCUCCGGACCCCCUACGGAGGGCGUCUGAAGGUCACGCUGCCGUGCGGCAACCUACUGGUGGUCCACCUCAAGGACAAGAGCCUGAUCCGCCACAAGAAGAGGUGGUCCCAGAUCAUGUACAUGUACUACCUGUUGGGCUGGAGGCUGGACACGCGCUUCUACCAGAGGUGGCUGAACGGAGAGGGCCAGGACCAGGCCCAAAUCAAGAGGGAGAAGGAGAGGGAGAGGAAGAACACGUACAUCCUGGCCCUGGACGGCGACACCGACUUCCAUCCGCCGACCGUGAUGCUUCUGAUCGACCGGCUGAAGCAGUACCCCGAUGUGGGGGCCGCCUGCGGCCGGAUCCACCCUAUUGGCACAGGUACACCCCCGGGUUCACCCUAGUCACAGGUACACCCCCGGGUUCACCCUAGU